CACAUUCCUAACAUCUAGGUAACCUGUUGUUUCAAUUGCUCUUUAAUAUUUUCUAGUAUGCAAAAGGAAAACAACAUUUGAUAAAUUAAUCUACCCAACACAACAAAAUCAACUACAGACUCACAAACCCCCCACAAAAUGACCUCUCUAAAACCCCGCACCAUAAUAAUCAUCGGCUCUGGUCCCCUCAUGUCCCGCAGUCUCUCCCUCUACCUCGCCUCCCAAAACUGGCAAAUAAUCCUCAUCUCACGCAACCAUUCAUCUCUCCUCACCUACUCCCACGAAAUAAACACUCUAUACCCAGAAGCCCCCAAAGCUCUCAUUCACACAGGCGACGCUUCAAUUCCCUCUUCUCUUAUCGAAGCACUUGAUUGGGCUACUGAACAGAUAGGAGAUAAAAUUGAUGUUCUUUGCUAUAAUGCUGCACGAGUUGCUCCGAGUCCGUUGUUGGAUUUGAAACCAGAGAUUCUUGUGAAAGAUUUUAAUGUUUCGGCUACGGGGACUUUGGUUGCUGGGUAUGUAUAUAUUGAUUCAUUCAUUCAUUCAUUCAUUCAUUCAUUCAUUCAUAGGAUUUGUAUCGUUGUUAGUUGUUGAAUCAUCAAAAUAGAUCAGAUGAGCUAGCGUAUAAUUAUACUAUGAUGUAAGAGCAAAAUACUAAUUCCCCAUCUCCACAGACAAUGGUUCCUAAACCACGCUAACAAAUCCUAUAUCCCUGAAGGUGAAAACCCACUCUUCCUCGUCCCAGGCGGCUUACUAGAUAAAUACCCGGAUCCGAAUAUUGCCGCUCUUUGCGCUUCGAAAAGUGCUAGUCAGUGUAUUGUUAAAAUGUUCGAGCAAGUUAUGGAGCCUGUGGGGAUUUUAGUAGGAGCUCCUAUUGUUGGGGGAGAUGUGGUUGAAGAGGGGAGGAUGAGUCCGACGUCUAUUGUGGAUGGAGUUUUUAGACCCUUUUUUGAGGAGAGGGAGAGGGGCUUCUCGGGAAGGGAGUGGGUUUUGGAAAGGGUUUGGUUACCUGAGGGAGGGUAUAAGAGGACGAGAAUGAGUGGGAAGAUUGGGGAUGGGAAGUAGGGCCUGUUGAUGGCUUUAGGUUGGUAGGAGGGUGGUUGCUCUGUGGGUGGGAAGUAGGAAUGUGCUAACGGUUUUAAAUUGGUAAGGUGGUUUCUGGGGUAGGAGGAUAGGUAUAAGACUUUUGAUGAGGAUUUGUACAGGA